GAUCAAUCUCACCAUUCACCAAACAUUGUUGCCGUUCUUUCUAUCCUAAACCAAAUCAAAAUACAGGUGCUCAUCGGUAUCCGCCAUUUCUCUUACCAUGAAACAACCAGAAGCUAGCGCACCAUCGUUAGCCUACGCUAAUCCGGCAUCAUUAGAGUACGCUGAUCCCGGGACAAUAGCCUAUGCUCAUCCCGCCGUUGCGAUCGUCAGCCCUCACUUCUGCAGCCCCCAACCCGUAGAUCUUGCAAUUGUUAGAAAAGUUUUGACCAUAACCGAUGGCAACUUUGUAGUCUCUGAUAUCAAUGGCAACAUCAUUUUUAAAGUCAAAGGAGCUCAUUUAUGCCUUCGUGACCACAGGAUCUUACUUGACACAGCUGGUUAUCCCAUCAUUACUCUAAGAAAGAAGUUCGUAAGCGCACAUGAUAGAUGGCAAGUUUUUAGAGGGGAUAGCACAGAAACAAGGGAUCUGAUUUUUAGUGCUAAGAGGUCUUCGAUGUUCCAAUUUAAGACCAAAUUGGAUAUUUUCUUAGCAAAUAACAUAGCCGAGAAAGCACCUGACUUCAGGAUCAAAGGAAGUUGGUUUGAACGAUCUUGUGUCAUAUAUGGUGGGAACUCUUCCACCAUCGUUGCCCAAAUGCAUAAGAAGAGCACAGUUCAAAGCGUGCUGUUUGGAAAGGACAAUUUCAUGGUGACAGUGUACCCAGGCAUUGACCAUGCAUUCAUCAUCGCGCUUAUUGUGAUUCUUGAUGAGAUUAAUGAAAAUUAAAAUUAAUACCAAGGAUUGAGUAGAUUAGUUUGGAUCUACUUUGUUACUCGAAUGAGGAAACGAUGCAUCUUUGUUGCUAUCCCUUUUGCCUUUGCCUUUGUUAAUAUUCAUAAAUAUUAAGAUUUAUUUUAGUAUAUGUUGCUCGA